GGCAGCGCGGCCGGACCCAGGGCUCGCACUCGGCCCGGCCGGGGCCCCAGCAUGGCCGAGCCGCUGCUCAGGAAAACCUUCUCCCGCCUGCGGGGCCGGGAGAAACUUCCCCGGAAAAAGUCGGAUGCGAAGGAGCGCGGCCACCCAGCCCAACGCCUGGAGCCCAGCCCUCCAGAGCCAGAGCCCCAGGCCUUCGAAGGCUCCCAGGCUGGAGCAGAGGGGCCCCCCAGCCCUGAGGCACCUCGAAGUCCCUCACGAGGGGCCUACCUGCAGAGCCUGGAGCCCAGCAGCCGAAGAUGGGUACUGGGCGGGGCCAAGCCCCCAGAGGAGGCCUGUUUGGGGCCUGGGGCACCUGGCAGUGGGGAGCCUGCAGGCGAGAUCUGGUACAACCCCAUCCCUGAGGAGGACCCCAGAACCCCCGCACCUGAGACCCCAGGGCCACAGCCAGGCUUAGCUGAGCCAGAGGGCGUGGCCCCACAAGGUGUGGCCCCUUCCAACUCCCCAACCAAAGCCUCCCGAACUAAGUCCCCAGGCCCCGCCAGACGCCUCUCCAUGAAAAUGAAGAAGCUGCCGGAGCUGCGGCGCCGCCUGAGCCUGCGAAGCACCCGGGCGGGCCGGGAGCGCGAGCGAGAGCGGGCCGCCCCCGCUGGCUCCGUCAUCAGCCGUUACCACCUGGACAGCAGUGUAGGGACCCCUGGGCGGACGGCCGUGGCCGGGGGCUCUCGGGGCCUGCGGGCUGGGUACCUCAGUGAUGGUGACUCCCCGGAGCGCCCAGCAGGGCCCCUGUCGCCGACCGCCUUCCAGCCUUACGAGGUGGGCCCAUCUGCCCGGGCGCCGCCGGCCGCACUCUGGGGCCGCCUCAGCCUGCACCUGUACGGGCUGGGGGGGCUGCGGCCCGCGCCUGGGGCCACCCCGAGGGACCUCUGCUGCCUGCUCCAGGUGGAUGGAGUGGCCAGAGCCCGAACCGGGCCGCUGCGCGGAGGGCCAGACUUCCUGCGGCUGGACCACACCUUCCACCUGGAACUCGAGGCUGCCCGGCUGCUGCGAGCCCUGGUGCUGGUGUGGGACCCUUGUGUGCGGAGGCACCGGCCCUGCGCCCAGGGCACUGUGCUGCUGCCCACGGUUUUCCGAGGGUGCCAGGCCCAGCAGCUGGCUGUGCGCCUGGAGCCUCAGGGGCUGCUGUAUGCCAAGCUGGCCCUGACGGAGCAGCGGGAAGCACCCAACACAGCUGAGCCCCGUGUCUUCGGGCUGCCCCUGCGGCUGCUGGUGGAGAGGGAGCAGCCCCCGGGCCAGGUGCCCCUGAUCAUUCAGAAGUGUGUGGGGCAGAUCGAGCGCCGAGGGCUGCGGGUGGUGGGGCUAUACCGACUAUGCGGCUCAGCAGCUGUGAAGAAAGAGCUUCGGGAUGCCUUUGAGCGGGACAGUGCAGCAGUCUGCCUCUCUGAGGACCUGUACCCCGAUAUCAAUGUCAUCACUGGCAUCCUCAAGGAUUAUCUUCGAGAGUUGCCCACCCCACUCAUCACCCAGCCCCUCUAUCAAGUGGUGCUGGAAGCCAUGGCCCGAGGGCCCCCGAGCAGGGCUCCCCCCAGCACUGAGGGUACCCGUGGGCUCCUCAGCUGCCUGCCAGAUGUCGAGAGGGCCACGCUGACGCUUCUCCUGGACCACCUGCGCCUCGUGUCUUCCUUCCACACCCACAACCGCAUGACCGCGCAGAACCUGGCUGUGUGCUUCGGCCCCGUGCUGCUGCCCGCGCGCCAGGACCCCGGCAGGCCCCGCAGCCGCAGCUCUGGCCCGGGCCUUGCCAACACAGUGGACUUCAAGCGACACAUCGAAGUUCUGCACUACCUGCUGCAGGCCUGGCCAGAUCCCCGCCGGUCCCCGGAGGCUACGGACCUCGACCCGUACUUGCGGCCCAAACAGCAGCCGCCGCUGCACUUGCCGCUGGCGGCUCCUGAGGUAGUGACUCGGCCCCGCGGUCGGGGCGGCCCCGAGAGCCCUCCGAGUAACCGCUACGCCGGCGACUGGAGCGUUUGCGGGAGGGACUUUUUGCCCUGUGGGCGGGACUUCCUUUCCGGGCCCGACUACGACCACGUGACGGGCAGCGACAGCGAAGACGAGGAGGCAGGGGAGCCCACGGGCGCCGCAGACUUCGAGGAUGACUUCGAAGCGCCCUUCAACGCGCACCUGAACCUCAAAGACUUUGAUGCCCUCAUCCUGGACCUAGAGAGAGAGCUUUCCAAGCAGAUCAAUGUAUGCCUCUGAGCCGGGCGGGGCGGGACCCCGAUACUAAGGGCCGGGCUCCUGGUUGCUAAGACAGUGCCCUAAAGAUAGAAAGGGACCAGACCUGUCUU